CCCCCUUCCCGCCCUUUGACCCGGUCCCCUGUGCCCCGCAGGUACCGGCUGUCUAGUCCGAGCCGUGGAGAUGGCCGCCCAGCGCCAGGCCGACAUCAUCGGGAAGCCCAGCCGCUUCAUCUUCGACUGCGUGUCCCAGGAAUACGGCAUCAACCCCGAGCGCACCGUCAUGGUGGGAGACCGCCUGGACACAGACAUCCUCCUAGGCGUCACCUGUGGCCUGAAGACCAUCCUGACCCUCACCGGAGUGUCCACUCUAGGAGAUGUGAAGAAUAAUCAGGAAAGUGACUGCGUGUCUAAGAAGAAAAUGGUGCCUGACUUCUAUGUUGACAGCAUAGCCGACCUUUUGCCUGCCCUUCAAGGUUAAAGAUUGGGUGUCUUUAAUCUCCAGAAUAAAAAAAAAAAAAA